GUGACAUUGCAGGGAGGUGUGUUGCUGCGGAGCGAUACGUUGGAAACGAGAGCCGCGUGCGGCCGAUAGGUUUUCGCUUUAGUGUGUCCGCCGUUUGUCGAAUCGAGUGUGCUCAAGCCGGAUACCCGUUUGCGAGCUAGUCUCCGAAAUCCACAUUCAUCCGCAAUGGCUGACCAACUCACAGAGGAACAGAUUGCAGAAUUCAAAGAGGCAUUCUCGCUGUUUGACAAGGAUGGCGAUGGCACAAUCACAACCAAGGAGCUUGGGACGGUGAUGAGGUCACUGGGCCAGAACCCCACGGAAGCGGAGCUUCAGGACAUGAUCAACGAAGUCGACGCUGACGGCAAUGGGACAAUUGACUUCCCCGAGUUUCUGACCAUGAUGGCGCGCAAGAUGAAGGACACGGACAGUGAGGAGGAGAUCCGUGAAGCGUUCCGGGUCUUUGACAAGGACGGCAACGGGUUCAUCUCGGCGGCCGAGCUACGCCACGUCAUGACCAACCUUGGCGAGAAGCUCACCGACGAGGAGGUGGACGAGAUGAUCCGCGAGGCCGACAUCGACGGUGAUGGACAGGUCAACUAUGAAGAGUUUGUAACGAUGAUGACUUCGAAGUGAAGAGGCUUUCCUGGGGGGUAAAGUUGAGGGGGGAAAGAACUACGGAGGUCCUGUUGUAACGCGAGGCUGACGACGAAAAAAAAAACUGACGUGCGGAGGCUUUUCCCCUCGCGGAAGUCCUGCCGUCACCCCCACUUGUAAUUAAUGCCGACGACAAGAGGAACAGAAAAAAAAGUAUAUAUAAAUUUUGUCGCCCUUUUUUACCCGGUUUAUUUUAAUUUCCUUUGCAUUUUUCACUCUUUCUGAUCCUUCUUUUUUUUUUACCUCUUCUCCCUUCCUUGUUUCACAUCUUGCGAAACAACCUGUUUGAAGCGCAGAAACACUGCAUAGCUGAGACUUGUUGCCAAUCAUCGACCCCCCCUCCCCCUUUCUCGCCUCGGUUCCCUCUAUCGUAGACAUGCCUUACAUCAAUUAACGCGUUUUUGGCAAAGUGUCUCUCACCACGUCUGCCAUGGGAAGGUGUUUGUGAGGGUGUUGGCUUUCCACCAAAACAGCCGGUUUGAUACUGAAAUAAGAGGGGAGAGGGGGUAGGCUGUGACCCGCUGACCUCUCUUCUGACGCUUCACUUUCCCCCUACAUGCCCACUACCCCAACUCUGUUGGUCUCUUUCCCGUGUUUGGCGGGUUGUACAUCUAUGGCUCUGCAAAAAAAAAAAAAGUGUGUACUAUAGAGAAUGUGCUUGUUGGUGUGAGGUGGUGAAGUUAAGACCCUCCCCUCCCAACUCCCACCCCAGCCUCUCCUGUGGCCCAACCUUUUUCAAGACCUUGCUCGUGUGGGUCGAUAGGCAUGGUGCGGGGUUGAGAGUGGGGAAGGCUUCGAUUGGAUUCGGGGCUAGACUUCCGACCCUCCACAGUUUAUCCGUUGUUUGCCAGAGCUCAUUCCCUGGCCUCUUUCGGUUCUUGCUUAUCAGGUGGGCAUUCCAACCACCUGCCGGUGAUCAGCCCCCCCACCCCCCCAAUGCUUGUAUAGCUCUUUAUUCUUAGUUGCGCAAAAGCUUCCGGUGAUUUGUGCCCCUCUCCACGACAAGCAUUACGCAUCUCCUCUCUGGUGCGAUGCCUGCUUUGUUCCGACAAAAAAACUUUUUUUUUUUUUUUCAACACUUAAUUGCCUUCUGCGUCGUAGCUGUGUGUGCCAAGACUGAUGCCUGAUUGAGUGUGAUGCAAAGGAUGCAGUUGCGGUUGAGAGGGUGUGCGGUGCAGUUUUCCAAAGUUGGCACAAGUUGAGGUUUAAACGUCGACGCCACUCCAACUGAAGUGGUGAACUGUGCACGUCAUUCUUUCUCAUUGGGCAUGUUUUCUUUCUAGUUUCUUGCACUUUUCUUUCUGGCAUGGGUGGCAUUUCGAUUGACGGGAUUUUCGUUAUUGUCCGACGGACACAAGAUAGAUCUUGCACACACCUCUUUCAUUUUAUUUUUUUCUUUCUUAGGUUUUGUUUUGUUCUAGUGAAUUUUUACAGCAUUUCUCUCUUGCAUUGCGCCGCCAAUCCGUUAGACCCCGAACAGGACACCGUGCUGAUCACGUUUGUGUGAGGGAAAAGGAUGCUUUGGCAGGACCUCGUCUCCUAGGGCCUGCACCCUUCGAGUGUUUCCCGAUAAUUGCAUUUGUGGUUGCCGUCGCGUUACUUCCAUCACCUGUUUGUCCAGAUGUGUUAAUUUAUUGUGUCAAAUUCACUUUCUGUUGCGUUUAAUAACUCUGCUCUCAUCCUUUAGUUCUUGCCGCUGUUUCUUUUAAAAGCAGGUAACCAUCAAAGGAGUCCUUACCUGUCUGUCUACUUGCCCCCACCCCCCACUUUUUUCUUUUUUUGGGGGCUUCUGCGAGCAUACGGCUUGCUUCACCCCCUUUUUCGUGCACUUUUUGUGACUUUGGAAUUGAACGCUGAGGUCUUUGACAAGGAAAAACAUUCCAUGAUUUCAGAGGUUGUUGGAGAUGGGGGUGGCAUCAUUUUCUUUUUUCCUGGGUAUGUGUUUGUUUGUGAUUGCCUAUUUCUGAUUAGAAUUUUAGUCCAUAACCCCCUGCAGCAUCAGUAAAGAUGCCAUUAUUACGUAGAGGUGGAGUUGUCUCAUCACAGUUCUCGUAUGUCUCGCGGACAGCUUGCCAGCCACGUUGGUGGUGCCGUUGGACUCGCCCUCAACCGCGCUAGCACUUGCUAGCGGACAAUGUCCACUUGUGGUGUUCGCGCUUCUGCGGCAGUGCCACCAAAUUCUUAAAUUUGUCUUUUCCCUGCAAAGAAGUAAUACUGCGGCGACGCAUGCCUCCAGCCAUAUCGUUGCCAAGUGCAUGAUGAUCAUGUUUGGCUUCUCAACGCUAGGUUCCAUCUCGUCAGUGCGUCGUCCAAAUGUGGUGGGGAAGGCCUUUUUUUUUUCUUUUUUUGCGGGGGUUUUUUGGAGGCCUUGUGCAGAAACGCUUCCACCUUCGGUAGGUAUAGACACGAGAAACUCGCUUACUUCAAAACGCUUUUUCAGGGCCUCUCUCUCGCUUCAUCGAUUUCCUGAAAUCCAUUUUUGAAGAAUUUUCACCCAAAACAGACACACACACACACACUUUAUCCUCUCCUCCCUUUUCCUGUGCCCAGAACCUCUGUCGAACAGUCUUCGAAGAUCUCUCAUAUCCAAUCGCCUUGGUUAGUUUGUGUGCUUGGUGCUCCGAUAACACACUACCCUCUCCUUUCCCGAAUGAACUUAUACAUCGCGCACCUGGAGAAAAAAAAAUAUAUACGUUAAAUGCGGACACCCACAGGAUAUAUGAUGCAUUGUAAUUUCGAGCGAUGGUUGCUUAACGUGAGGUUAUAAAAGGGGAACGAAUAAAAAAAAAAGGCUUGGCAAAGUGCGGUGUACUCUGAGAGCGGAAGAGUUUUUCAAUAAACAAUGCUUCACCUUU